AUUAACAGAUGGGGAGAUGAGAGAAGGAAGGUUUAUUUUCUUUCUUAAAGGCAUAAAUGGGUAUUUUUCGAUGAAAUCAUAAUAAUGUUUGGGGAGAGUCGAGAGCAAUAAAAUUGUUAAUAUCAAGGUCAUCUCGCUGUACCUGACACUUGCGGAACGAAAUUCGCGCGGAUUGACACUUGCAGUUAAAUUUUAUUUUUCAGUCAUGUCACCCCUUCUUCACUUGUUUUGAAAGUUCUAUACGCACUUGUUUGGGAAAAAACAAUUCUUUAGUUACUAUUUCCUUUUUUUGUUUACUCGCUGAAUAGAAAAUUUUAAAUCAUUUAUCAAAAGGAACAUUUAUUUUUAAGAAAUGUUCACAUUUAAUAUUACUAAAAUUUCAAAAAAUUUAACGUCUUCUUUUUUCUUCUUAAUUAAUUAAAUUUUAUUUUUCAUUUCAGAAAUAUUUUUUUAAAAAAUGCAAGUAAACACUGAAGAUAUAACUGUUCCAUGGGGACAAGCUCCAGAUUCACUUGACCAACAAUAUGGAAAAUGGCGACUUUCUGUUUUUCAGGAUGUACAAGAAUCUCUAGAUACAAGCAAACUUUAUUUUCUUUAUGAUCCAAUUGCUGACGAUACUUGCUACACAACUGGCGGCAGGAAGGGAAUGACUUGUUUAGUUGUUUUUGACACUAAUCGGAAAUGUUUUGUCGGGGAAAUAAAUUUACGUGUUCAAGGCCGUGUUAAAUUCCUUUUUGCAUUGAAAAGUCCAUCUCCAAGUGGUGGAACUGCUUUUGCAUUAGUUACACAAUCUGAGGAUUAUGGGCAAUUUGUGAUGCAUGUCUGGCGUGUUAAUAUGAAUUAUGAUGGAAUGUCUUUAAUGGCUGAUCCACAUUCUUUGCUUACUGCUCCAAUCGUUAUCGACUCAGAAUUUAUUUGUACAAUGCGGGAAGAUGAGCCCCAACUCGUUGUUGUUCACGGUCCUGGUCUUAAUGUUGUUAAAAUCAAUGCAGAGGCGAGUGCUCCACAAGAACCAAUGGAUCGUUUUUCGGUGCCAGGAUCUGAACUUUCACAUUUUUAUGAUGGAUUUGUUAGUCGAGGAAAUAUGUAUUUUCUCUCUUCGAGUCCCGAUGGACAUUUUGAUCACAGCCGUGUGCAUAUUUUAAAUUUAAGUACUCGUGGUCCUCUCAGUACUCAAUAUAUGAAUGCUGAUCCAUCAAGAGGAUUUCCCCCGCCUCGUAAACAAGCCGCAAUUGAUUCAAUUUCUGGCUUCAUUCUUCUGGCUGGCGGAGAAAUUGAUUAUGGAGAGGGUGGUGUUGUUCGCUUAGUUGAUUAUUGGGUUUUGGAUUUGACAACGUUUAAAUGGAAUCAAGUACCUGCACAAAUGCCUGUGCCUUUAAUUGAGCCUAGAUUAACUACUGCUAAUUCUGGAAAUGUCUAUUUAUGGGGAGAUUUUGACGAGCCUUUGCCUGGAAUGCCACCUUCAGGAACACACGUCAGAAUUUUGCGCAUUAGGGGAUUGAAUACAACUGCUCCUCCACCUUAUGCCCAAGCGACAGCCUAUCCACUUCCAAAUCAACAACAAUAUGGAGGUACACCAUACCCGAAUGCUGGAGGAGGCCACGGGUGGAAUCCUUCACAGCAGGGGGCAGGGAAUGCACCACCAUAUCCAGGCGCUUCGCCAUAUCCAACCGGCAGUUCGCCUUACCCAACUGGAGCGGCUCCUUAUCCUGCUGGAAGUUCAUCUUAUCCUGCUGGCAAUACUGGAAGUGAAGGAAGUUAUCCACAUUAUCCACCACAAGAAAAGAAGGAAAAGGAUUGUACUUUGAUGUGA